CGGGAUUUGGCGAACAAAACCCUCGCGCUUCCUUCUCCCUCCAAAGCCGACCAUCGGUUGAAGCAGAAGUCACCCUUGCCGUCUCCCUCUCGUCCGGCGCCUUCUCCCUUCUCUCUUAUCUUGCUGGAAUAGAUAAAAUAAGGAAGCUCCUCUUCAUCGUCAACUGCUUCCUCUGUUUAGGCUGGUUUUUUUAAGGAGCGAGAAGGAAUAAAUGCCUUCAAAGACUAAGAAGCAACAGUCCAAAGGACAGUCUAGGCUGUCGAAUUCGGAUUUUUCUGCAUCUUCGCCUCGGACACCGUCUUUCACACCAUCUCCGAGUUCUCAACUUGAUGAGGAAGAUGUAUCCUUCUCUUUGGGAGAAGCAUCGAGCAGAUUCCCCCAUUUGAUUGACAAAUCCGCUUUGGUUGGCCGAAUUACCGAUGUAGUGCCUGAUUCUAGAGGUGGUAAAAUCUGGCUCUCGGAGUCUUCCAUGGUUGCUUCCUCUAUUCUCCCUGGCUCUGUUGUCUCGGUCUCAGUUGCUGCUUCAGCAAGUAAUGCUUUUCCUCUCAGAGAAAUAUCGAGUGAAUCCAGUACACAACUUGGCCUGGACUCGAUGGAUGAACUGACUUAUGCAGCUGGAAACUACUUUGCACUUGCUACUGCUUUUCCCUCGUGCAAGGUCGUAAAGACUGGAGUGCGGUUGUCCACAGAUCUGUGGUACACAAUGGGGUGUCCUGUUUCUGACACGGUUGCUUAUAUUUAUCCUAUAGACCAUACUAGUCAGAUGAAUCAAAUUAAUAAACGAGAUGAUAGAGCCAAACUAUGUAUUAGCCAUUGCAAUGAGUUGUACUUGGACCUAGCCCCUUUGAAGGAUAGAGUGCAAAUGAUAAGCGGAGGAAAACCACAUGAUUCAUCUGCAAAUGGUGUACUUUCAUCUCCUAGGACACCAUCGUGUCAAACAAAGCAAAGAUCUCCUAGUUCUUCUGGUCAUGUAGCUUCACCAAAACCUGAAGAAGCAGGGUUUAGUUUAUCAUAUCCCCAGGGUACAUUUGCUGAUUCAUUUGAGAUUAGCGAGGUACUUAAGGAUGAAAAUGCAAAAAAGCUUCUGCAGGUGUCUGCUGCUUCAUGGUUAUGCUCUCGUAUUUUGAUUUGUGGGAACCUUGUUGCCAUCCCAGUGAUGUCGGAGCUCGUCAUUUUCCGUGUAACGAAUUAUAGCAAAUUUACAGCUAAUGAUGACGGCCAAGCCAUGAUAGGCGAAAGGAACAGUAUUUACUUCCAAAAACCGAAAUUGGUAAACCUUGGGAAUGAUGCUAUGCUCUUGAAUCAUGAAACACAAGUGUACUUUUGUAAGCCAGAAAACUCAGCAGAUGAAACCCCUAAGAAAAGGAUGUUUCCAUCUAUGCAAAUUGGAAGUGAGACUGGGAAAAGCAUUAGACAUGAUGUGCCGAAAUUAGGUGGCCUAUGUGAAGAAUAUGCUGUUUUGAGGCAGAUAAUUACAUUUUCAAUGGACAACACUUUAUCAAGUCUUGGUUUACGAGCUAUGAAGGGAGUGCUUCUUCAUGGCCCACCUGGCACUGGAAAGACCUCUUUGGCUCGACUAUGCGCCCAUGAUGCAGCUGUAAAAAUUUUCACUGUCAAUGGACCCGAGAUAAUUAGUCAAUAUCAAGGAGAGAGUGAGCAAGCAAUGCGUGAAGUGUUUGAUUCUGCAAGCCAAGCUGUACCUGCUAUGGUGUUCAUUGAUGAGUUGGAUGCCAUUGCACCUGCACGCAAAGAAGGAGGUGAUGAGCUAUCUCAAAGAAUGGUAGCCACACUAUUGAAUUUGAUGGAUGGUAUUAGUAGGACUGAUGGGGUGCUCAUUGUUGCUGCAACAAAUAGGCCUGAUAGCAUUGACCCUGCUCUGAGACGGCCUGGAAGACUUGAUAGAGAGAUUGAAAUAGGUGUUCCAUCAGCUCAACAGCGAUUAGAGAUACUCCAGACUAUUCUUGGUGAAAUGGAACAUUUAAUUUCAGAUUUGCAAGCCAAAGAUCUUGCCAUGACCACACAUGGCUUUGUAGGUGCUGAUUUAGCUGCACUCUGUAAUGAAGCCGCCUUGGUAUGUCUUAGGCGUUAUUCCAAACUAGUAGACAAAUCUGGCAACAACUCGCAUUUCGACACAUCAUCUUGUGCAGAUUCUGGAUCUCAGAGUGUCUCUAAUUUACCUGUUUCCUCACAAGUUCCAGCAUCUUCUAGCUUAAGUGCUGCUUUCUCAUCAGUGGCCGAUAAUAUUGAUGAUCGUAUAAGUAAUGAUCGUGACAACGUGUUUCCAGUUGAAGAAAAGUUAUUAAAAGUUGUGUUUGAAGAUUUUGAAAAGGCCAGGACGAAAGUGAGGCCUAGUGCCAUGCGAGAGGUAAUACUAGAGGUACCAAAAGUUAAAUGGGAAGAUAUUGGUGGCCAGAGAGAAGUGAAAGCUCAACUAAUAGAGGCAGUUGAAUGGCCUCAAAAACAUCAGGAUGCGUUCCAACGCAUUGGCAUACGUCCCCCAAGUGGAAUUUUGAUGUUUGGCCCUCCUGGUUGUAGUAAAACCCUCAUGGCACGUGCAGUAGCAUCUGAGGCUGGAUUGAAUUUCUUUGCUGUCAAGGGUCCAGAACUUUUCAGCAAAUGGGUUGGUGAAUCUGAAAAGGCUGUAAAGUCCCUUUUCGCAAAGGCCAGGGCAAAUGCCCCAUCAAUUAUUUUCUUCGACGAGAUUGAUGCUCUUGCUGUCAUCCGUGGGAAGGAGAGCGAUGGAGUUUCAGUAUCUGACCGCGUCAUGGCUCAACUUCUGGGUGAAUUGGAUGGUUUGCACCAAAGGGUGAAUGUUACGGUUAUUGCAGCCACAAACCGUCCAGACAAGAUUGAUCCUGCCCUUUUAAGGCCAGGACGCUUUGAUCGAUUGCUAUACGUGGGACCUCCAAAUGAGACAGAUAGGGAAGCCAUAUUUUCUAUCCAUCUAAGGAAACAUCCUUGCAGUUCAGACAUCAAUAUGAAACAACUAGCUAGUCUAACACAUGGUUACACAGGAGCUGAUAUAUCAUUUAUAUGCCACGAAGCAGCAAUUGCAGCGCUCGCGGUUCUUUCUUUAACUCCUGUUCUUUUUCAUAUAACUUGUUUGCAUGUUCUUCACUUGUUUCCUGAUUUUGAGAACUUUGUUUACUACCAGGAAAACAUUGAUGCAUUGGAAGUAACAAUGCGGCAUUUGAAGCAUGCAAUUGGAAAAGUCAACCAAUCGCAGGCUCAGUCUUAUGAAAUGUUAUCUGCUAGAUUUCAGAGGCUCGUUCAAACGAGUAAUGGAGAAGAUGAAUCAAUAUAGUAAGAUCGAGGUAGUUCAAUUUUGUAAGUGCAUCUGGUAAAUAGCUCAAUAUUCGGCCAAGUUUUCUCAUGUGUAUUGUAAGUCCAUCACCAAGAGACAAGCUUAAGGCCCUUCUUAAUGGUGGAUAGCCCCCCUGUUUGGAUGGAGGAGGAAUUCGAGGGAGAUCUUACAAACAUGGCUUGAUCUUGGAUGCAACUCAUUGUUAGGUUUUACUGGUAGUUUAUUCUUGGAUGCUACUUUUGAGCUGAUGGGUUUUGGGUUUUCUAAGGUAGGGUGAGAAUGGGAAGUAUAAUCCUUCGUACAGAUGUGGAUGGAUGCAGAUGUUCUUUUCUGGUGUGAAAUCUCAUGCCAGAUUUUGUCAAAUUUGCUAUACUUCUCAUAAUUCUUCAUGCGAGGGGGAAAAACGAUGACUGAAACGGAGGCAAAUUCGGAUUAUGAGAGCCACCUAGUCCUGUUUAGUGGCCUGAAACGAUUAAAGCUUCUUAAAUAUACUAGCACAAUGCCCAACCAACAAGAG